AUGAAUUCUUCAAUGGAAAAAAUGCCACAAACCUAAACUCCAUAGAGCUAACCAAUUUUCUACACACCUGUAAAAGACAUUGUUGAAAAAAUAAAAGAAAACGAAGUUGGGGUAAUAAGGGACAAUGAGCUCGUAUAUUUAGUGAUGAAUAGGCCAGAUAACAAUUUCAAUCCUGAAUAUGUGGAAAAGCUUCAUAAGUGUCUAGAUGAAAUUGAAAUGAUAGAAGGACCAAAGUUCAUGGUUACCAUUGGUAAAAGCACAAGGCUAUUUUCAAGUGGUAUGGAUAUUUCUUCGGGUAAAGAUGAUCCUUCAAUUAUCUCCAAAUUGCCAGGUAUUCUCUAAACUGUUAUUCAAAGAAUUCAUUUACUUCCAUUUCCAACUUUAUGUGUAUUUAACGGAAGUGCUCUUGCCGGUGGAUUAUUCUUCGGUCUCGCUCAUGACUAUGUAUUGAUGAGGAAUGGAAAAACUUAUAUCAGUAUGGCAGAAUUGAUUUAUGGAGUAACUAUCCCAAUAUAUUUCACAGCUUUUAUCCAAUAAUAAUUGGCUCCUUAUGCAAUUAGAAAAUUGAAAUAUGGUAAAAGAUUCAAUGCCAAAGAUGCACUCAAUCUCAACAUUGUAGAAAAUAUCUUUGAUGAUUAUGAGCAACUAGAGACCUAAAUUAAAGAGUUGAAAGGUUCUGCAAAUUUAUGCAAGUAUAAAUAAUAGAUAAAGCAAACAAAACUCAAUUUGUCCUAUAUUUCUCUAUAGCACAGUCCAGAAGUUUAAAGAUAAACAAUUAAACUUGAAUAACCUAAGCUAUGA